CCGGGGCGGAGCCAGAGAAGCGCCUCCAGCCCCCCGACGGCUUUCUGGCUGGGGAGGAGGAGAGCCGGAGCCGUGAGGCGGAAGCUGCCGGGAAUCACCUCAGAACUGAGGAGAGCAGCAGCGCCGCCGCCAACGCCGCCGCCAUGGUGAAGGUGUCGUUCAACUCGGCCUUGGCGCAGAAGGAGGGCGGCAAGAAGGAGGACGAGGAGGGGAAGGAGGGCGGCAGCCUGGGCCAGGUGCUCAUCGUGCCCGCCGACGGCAAGGAUCCUGAGGCCGUGGUGCCUGUUCGACAAAGGAGAGCUUGGUGUUGGUGUUGGUGUAUGUGCUUUGGGCUGGCUUUUAUGCUUGCCGUUGUGAUACUUGGGGGUGCCUAUCUGUACAAGUAUUUUUCACAUCAGGAAAGUGGUGUCUACUUCUGUGGGAUAAAGUAUAUCGAGGAUGGCUUGACCCUAACAGAACCCGACGUGGGCGCUCCAGCUCCUCGUUACCAGAUAAUUGAAGAGAACAUUCAGAUCCUGGAGGAGGAGGACGUGGAGUUCAUCAGUGUGCCCAUUCCAGAGUUUGCGGACAGCGAUCCGGCCGAUAUCGUUCAUGAUUUUCAAAGGAGACUCACAGCUUACCUUGAUCUUAGCCUAGAUAAGUGCUACGUCAUUCCUCUAAACACGUCGGUGGUUAUGCCGCCUAAAAACUUCUUGGAGUUGCUGAUCAAUAUCAAGGCUGGGACUUACUUGCCUCAGUCGUACUUGAUUCACGAGCAGAUGAUUGUUACUGAUCGCAUAGAAAACGUGGAUCAGCUGGGCUUUUUUAUUUAUCGCCUCUGCCGUGACAAGGAGACCUACAAACUGCAGCGCAAGGAAGCUCUGAGAGGAAUUCAUAAACGUGAAGUGAGUAACUGCCGGAAGAUCCGACACUUCGAGAACAGAUUUGCUGUAGAAACCCUCAUUUGUGAACAGUGAAAGAUUACGCUUUGCAAGAGAAGAU